AUGGAUUCACGGGUAUGGCUGCCGCUGAUCGGAGCACAUUUACUGCCACGUGACAUCAAUGUUAUUUCUCAGAUCUUUGCUAAUAACAACAACACAUCGAUUUUAAGUAGUAACAUGAGCAGUAGCAAAAGCAGCAAACCCGAUGAAAAGAAUUCGAAGAAGUUCCUCAUCGAGCGUUUUCUUGAUGAUGAUUCAUCACCACCAUCUUCGAUUCUUUCGCCAUCCCCUCAGGCAGCCAUACCCAGUCCAAUUAUAAAUCCAGCAGUUGAAUUCGUCAACGGUGGAUACGGAGUCAAGAAUCCACUUGCUCCAUUGAUGAAUUCUCUUGAAUCAUCUGCUCCAUCUUCAACUAUUUCCACGUCUUCCCUUCAUCUCAUCUCAUCUGUAAAUGAAGAAUUCACAGACUCCUUAACUUGUCACAUUUGUGGAAAGAAGUUCGGAUUACAACGUCUUCUUAAUCGUCACAUCAAAUGUCACAGUGAUCUGAAACGAUAUCUGUGUACUUUCUGUGGCAAAGGAUUCAACGAUACAUUUGAUCUGAAACGGCAUACAAGAACGCAUACAGGAGUCCGCCCAUACAAAUGUGAGCAAUGUGAGAAAUCAUUCACCCAACGAUGCUCUUUGGAAUCUCAUCUCCGAAAAGUUCAUGGUGUAACUCAUCAAUAUGCAUACAAAGAACGUCGUAGCAAGGUGUUUGUAUGUGAAGACUGUGGAUAUACAGAUGAAAAAUUCGAGUUAUAUCUCGCCCACAUCAAAGCAAUCCAUCCAUUUUCUGCAGCUUACCUUCGAUUUACUCAACUUCAAAAGAAAAACUCAACGGCGAUUGCAAAGCAGCAAUUUGCGCAGAUCUCUUCUUAG